AGAGCAGUGGUGUAUACAAAAAAAAAACCUAAACAGCUUUUGGGCUGCCACUGGCUCCAAGGCAGAAGUAGAGGAGCUUGAACACUCACAACUUAAACGCUGCCCGAGGGAUAUUUUAUUACAUUGAAAAAAUCACGAGGCAGGGUAACAGCAGAGUGGUAGCUGACAGGAGAGACUGAAGACUGGACACUGUGAGCAGAGCCUGAUCCAGCAGAGCUCAGACCAACGACAAGAUGUUCAAGAAAUCCAAGGUGACAGACCAGACUGCCGCAGGGCAGGCAGGCAUUAGGAAGAAGUCCAAAGUGCCUGGGGUGAUGAUCACCCAGUUCAAAGAGGAGCUUCCUGAGGGGAUGACCACUCCUGAUUUCACUCGCAAACCCAUUGCACUCACUCUUCAGGAAGGUAAAACAGCAAUCUUUAAAGCUAUUGUGGUUGGAACUCCCAAACCCACUGUGACUUGGAGCCGAGCUAACGGUGAAAUAGUGUUCCACCCAGAUGUGUGCAUACAGAAGUAUGAUGAGAGCUCUCACGAGCACACCCUGGAGUUUCCUAAGGUUGCCCCUGAAGAUGCUGACACCUACAAGUGUUUUGCAAACAACGAUCAUGGAAGAGCUGUUUGCACUGUGGUUUUGAAUGUCAUUGCAGUUGGAUUCUCCAAAACGAAGGAGCUUCAGAAGGUCCAAGGAGAAGACACAGCAGACUUCAGAAAAAACUUAAAGAAAAGGAAUCCUGAUGGAACUCGUGAGGAGAAAGUAAUGGAGCCAGAGGAAAAGGUCUGGGAGAUCCUCCUCAGUGCAGACAAGAAAGAUUAUGAAGCAAUCUGUGUGGAACAUGGCAUCACAGACUUUCGUGGCAUGCUGAAGAAACUCAGUGAAAUGAAGAGAGAGAGGGAGGAGGAGAUUGCAGAGUUUGUUUCACACAUCAGUACACUCAAACAUAUUGAGGUGAAUGACGAUGACUGUGCCACCAUUGAGCUGGACAUGGAUCUCAAAGAUCCUACCAGUAAAAUCUUCUUAUACAAGGACGGUGUUAUGGUCCCAUUUACCAAAGAGGAAUGCGAAGGGCAGAAGCACAGUUUAAAACAGGUUGGAAAGAAAUUUGUGUUUACAAUUAAAGGUUUGGGUAAAGACGAUGCUGGACUCUACUCAGUGGAUGUUGGAGGAUGCAACGUUUUCUCCACAAAUUUAAAAGCACCGGAUGUCGAGUUUGCAGUCAAAAUCCAAGAGGUCAAGGCAGAGGAGAGAGGAGACGCCAUGUUCCAGUGCGUCCUGUCAGCCCCAUAUGAUGAACUCAAAUGGUUUGGUAAAAAGGCUCCAUUGACCCACGGAGAGAAGUUUGAAAUAAGCAUGUCAGAGGAUAAGCUGAUCCACACACUCAUCAUAAGAGACUGUGCUCCUUUGGAUGGUGGUAUCUACGCGGCUGUGGCAGGAGUCAAGUCCUGCAAUGCCUGGCUGAUAGUGGAAGACCCAGGAGUGCACUUUCAUGCUGGGCUUUCUGACUGCAAAGCCAUUAUGGGAGAAGCGGCAGAGCUGGAGUGCAAAGUGAGCAGCGACGACUGUAAAGGAAUCUGGUACAAAGAUGGAGAAGAAGUGAUGGAUAUGGAGGGUAUAACUAUUAGUCAAGAGGGAAGUUUCCACAGGCUGAAAAUCCACAAAGUUACAGAGGAGUUUGGUGGGAAAUAUAAAUUUGAAGCAGAUGGACGCAAAACAGAGGCCAUGAUUGUGGUGGAAGACCCACCCAGAUUUGUAGCUGAAGAUCUUGAAACAUUUAAAAUGCCAGUGACCGUUAAAAAGGGUCAGAAGGCCACCUUUAAACUGCCCUUUGUCGGCCGGGAACCAAUCAAAGUGCAGUGGUACUUAGAGGGAGAGGAGCUGUCCGAUGAAUCCAACAUCAAGAUUGAGAACACUGAAGGUUGUUCCCGCCUCCUUCUGACCAAACUCCAACGCAAAGACAGCGGUGAAGUAAAGAUCAAACUGAAAAAUGAGUUUGGCACAAUGGAAGCCUUGAGUGAACUCAUUGUACUAGAUAAGCCCACUCCACCAAUGGGACCUCUGGAGAUCGUCGAGGCUUCACCUUCUGUGAUUGAUUUCAAGUGGAGACCUCCAAAAGACAGUGGUGGCUGUAAAAUUGACAAUUAUAUCCUUGAGCGAAACCAAAUCGGCCGUAACACAUGGAAAAAAGUGGGCCCCAUCGGUCCUGAGGCCAAGUACAGGGAUUCUGAUGUAGACCACGGUAGGAGGUACUGCUACCGCAUCAGGGUGGAGACAGAGAUGGGAACCAGUGAACUGAUGGAAACUGAGGAUAUUCAAGCUGGCACUAAAGCUUAUCCUGGACAGCCUUCAGCACCAAAAGUCGUCAGUGCUUUCAAGGAUUGCAUCAAUCUGACUUGGUCUCCUCCUGCAAACACAGGGGGAACGAAUAUUCUGGGAUACAACCUUGAAAAACGUAAGAAGGGCAGCAAUCUGUGGAGCGCUGUGAAUCCACCCGAGGAGAUGAUCCGAUCCGGCAAGCUAUGCCCUGUCAAAGAUGUGAUUGAAGGAAUGGAGUACGAAUUUAGAGUGGCUGCCAUCAACAACUCAGGAGCAGGAGAAUUUAGUGUUCCAUCUGAGUUUGUCUUUGCCAGAGACCCCAAAAAGCCUCCUGGUAAGGUCCUUGACUUCAAAGUGACUGACUCCACCUACACAACACUGUCCUUAUCAUGGACCAAACCCAAAGACAUCGAGGGAGAGGAGGAUGAAGCAAAGGGGUAUUUUGUGGAGGUGCGACCUGCAGAGAACACAGACUGGGAUCGUUGCAACUCAAAUGCUAUCACCAUGACAUCCUACACAGUCAAAGGACUCAAGUCUAUGGGUAUGUACUGGGUUCGAGUCAUAGCAACCAACGAAGGAGGAGAGGGUGUGCCACAAGAGCUGGACAACUAUAUCUUAGCUAUGCCACCACCAGUGAGACCAAGAUUCACAGAUGCCAAAAUCAAGAGUUUUAUGAUUGUAAGGGCUGGAAAUUCUGCAAGAUUCAAUAUCAACUUUGAGGCUUCCCCUUGGCCUGAGGUCACAUGGCUCAAAGAUGCUGUCCCUGUGUCUAAGAAAGUCACCAUCAGUAAUGCAGAGGGCAUGUCCCAGCUGCUUAUCCCCUCUGCCGAGCGCUCUGAUACUGGCAUCUACACCAUCAUUGUCAAAAACAUUGUGGGACAAGAAUCAUUCAGCAUUGAAAUCAGAGUAACAGAUGAGCCCAAGCCUCCAGGCCCAGUGGAUCUUGAUGAAAAUGUCCCAGGAACAGUUACCAUUUCCUGGGCUGCAUCUCCUGAUGAGAAGAAAGACGAUCGGCUGCACUACAUGGUGACCAAACGUGACUCACACAAAAGACAGUGGCACACUGUGGCCGACCGAAUCUUCAACAACAAGUUCACAGCCUGCAACAUCAUGCCAGGCCGCGAGUACCAAUUCAGAGUCUACGCAAAAAAUGACAUGGGCUCCUCUAAACCAUCUGAGUCUCCAAAGUGGCUUAUUCCAGCUAAAAAGGAGAAGUUCACUGUGAACCUGCCUGAAUCAAAGCCCUGUGAUCUCCAGUGUGGGCCUAAGUUUAUUAUGCCUCUGAAGAUGCACGCAGCUCCUCAAGGCUAUGAGUGCUACAUGAGCUGCGCUAUUAAAGGAGACCCCACCCCCCACAUCACCUGGUAUAGGAACAACAUCAGCCUCAACACCAACACCAACUACUUCAUCUCCAACACCUGUGGAGUGUGCUCCUUGCUCAUCCUGCGGGUGGGGCCUAAGGACAGCGGGGAAUACAAGAUUGUGGCUGAAAACUCCCUGGGCCGGGCAGAGUGCACAACUAAACUCACUGUCAGAGAAUGAUGAGUAGCAAAUGAGGAAUGGCUCUCCGUUCACGAUUGUUGAGUGACAAGCUAUUGAAAGUUGUGCCCUGCUGAUUGUGUGUCUGCUGCCUAUAUCAUGUUUCGCAAGUGCUUAACCAAAGAUGAAAGAACACAAAAAGCCAAAGUAAACAUACUGAUUACUUUUCCAAAGCAAAUUUGUCAAUUUAAUAAUGAUGUGAGAGCUGAAAAUAUAUAUUAUGUGUAUGUUACAUUAAAAUAUAUGAAAAUGUAUCUUGCAUUUUAAAAAUAGUUUGUCUUGGUAAAGGUUUCUUCAGUAGGUCUUUGAAGUUAAUUGAACAUGUUUUGCUACAUUUUGGAGUGUACUUGAAUUUUCUGAACCUGAAAGUUUUAUGUAUUUUCAUGUUGUGUUCUUGCUUUUUAAUGUCUACCAUUUUUCAUGCUGUGUCUACUCAUGGUCUAGAAAGAACAAUUUUGAUUCAGCCAAAAAACAGGCAUUUUUCACAUAAAUGCCUAAACAAGGAAAGUAGAAGAAUUCAGGAAGAUUUAUGUUUAAGUUUAUGUCAGUAAUUUAUAUAUGGUCUUGUAUUAUGUGUCUGUGGGGUCAGACCCCAGUCCGAGUUUAGAGUCACUAAAGAAGACAGGGUCGACAGUUGCACCCUAGACUAAAUCAUGACUGACCAGUGCUGGGUGACACCUCUCAAUUUCAAAGGCAAAUGCUUAGAUUAUUGUUUAAUAAACUCUGCAGUGCAAUAA